AUGGCACUGAGUACCUGUGAUCCCAGCUCUGGAGGUGUAGAGACAAGCAGAUCUGAAAGCUGUCUGCACAGUAAUGAUCUAACGGUCCUCAUCAGGAAGUUCAUGACUAACCUUUUGCUUCAGAGGAAACACAUGGUCUUUGAUGUUCCUGGGAAGACAACAGUACCAAAGACAGAAAUGCAGGAAAAGAUAGCCACAAUGUACGAGACAACACCAGCUAUCAUCUUCGUAUUUGAAUUCAGAACCCACUUUGGUGGUGUCAAGAUGACCGGCUUCGGUGUGAUCAAUGAUUCUUUGGGUUAUGCAAAGAAGAACGAGUCUAAACACAGACUUGCAAGACUUGAGCUUUUCUAGAAGAUGACUUCCAGGAGGCAAUGAAAGGAAAGUGGGAAGAGAAUGAGGAAGAUGGGGGGGGGGGGAACGGCUGCAAAGGCCAUUGCUGGUGCUGCCGAAAAGCAAAAGGCGUAG